AAACGCUGAAGUCAAAACAAUAACAGCAUUGAAUAUGAGCACAUACAACGAUGAUGAGUUAGAGGCCCCAGCAUGGAUUGAUCAACGGUUUUUGGAAGAGGUUUUAAGCACCUAUGAAAAUAAUGAACAUGUAGAGGUUCUAAAUUAUGAAAUGAGUCCCGCCAGCAUGAAGGGAGAUCAUUAUGCCAGCAUUAUGUUUCGCUGUAAGGUGGAAUAUAGAUUCGGUGAUAAUGGUACGAUACUGAAUAAAUCGCUCAUCAUCAAAACCCUGCCUGUGGAGGAGGGCAGUAAAAAGCGGGAAAUGCUAUUGGAGAGUAGACUAUUUGAAACUGAAAUCAAAAUGUUUUCCGAAGUAUUGCCGAAAAUCGAAAAAAUUCUGGCGGAGUGUGGGGAGCCAACUAGAUUGUCAGCAGGCUUCAUCUAUCAAUCGCUAAAGCCCCACAAAGUUAUCAUAGUGGAAGAUUUGUGCACCUUGGGCUAUGAUACCGUGCGGGGUCGUUAUCUUAAUGAGGAAGAAAUUAAAAUGCUUUAUGGCAAAUUGGCCAAACUACAUGCCGUCUCCCAUAUGCUGGGCCACAGUGAGGAUCAUGAGUGUGUUACGGAAUUACAAGAUGGUUAUAAACUUUUUAGUUUGACCGUCAUGGAGGAAAUAUGGACACAUGGCAUAGAACAUUUUCUUAAUAUGUUAUCAAGCCAUGAAGAAUUUAGCAUUUACUACCAAAAGGUGAAGGACAUGAAGGAUAGUAUACGACCAACUAUGGUAGAUCUUUAUCGGGCCUUUACUUUGAAGCAAGGCAAAGGUGAUAUUUACGUUUUGAAUCAUGGAGAUUUUCAUUUGAAAAAUUUGAUGUUCAAAUUCAAUCAUCAACAACAAAUGGAAGAUGUCAUCAUGGUGGAUUAUCAACUCAGUACCUAUGCCCCUGCCAAUGUGGAUUUAAUGUACUCGGAGUAUCUAUUGCUAGGUCCCGAGAUGAGAAGUAAACGCAAUCAAAUAAGGCAAUAUUAUUUUACAGAGUUUAUUAGAAUCUUAAAGAAAAUCAACUAUCAAGGAAGACUGCCCAAGUACUCGGAAUUGCAAAUAUCGGCUUUGCAAUACAGACAAUUUUCUGUCUAUCUAUUGGGUGUUGUGCUGCCUCUGAUUAUUGGCUAUUUCCGUAAAUCAGCUGAGGAACUGAAUGACGUGGACACUGUAGAGCUGACAGAAAAUCGAGAACUUAACACUCCCUUUUAUUAUGCCCCAGAUUUUGUUGAUGAGGUGCGAAGGGUGAUGCCUAAACUAUUGUAUGAGGGAUUUUUGGAUUAA